CUUUUUCACUUAACUUAAGUUUUUGGUGAAACUCAGCGCGCUCCUCUUCUUGUCAGGCAGUGAGUGUGCAAGGAGACACGUUAGGUCAGAACGCGGACUUACAGGACCAAAGAUGUCAGCUCAAAUCAUAAGUGGGAAAGCAGUUUCAGCGCAGGUGAGGGAGCGUCUGAAGAAGGAUGUGGAACAGAUGAAACUUCAGGACCCCAACUUCAGACCCGGUCUAGUGGUUUUACAGGUUGGAGACCGCGAUGAUUCAAACCUGUACAUCAGCAUGAAGUUGAAGGCAGCAGCAGAGAUUGGAAUAAAUGCCACACAUAUGAAACUUCCCAAGACUGCAACAGAGGAGGAGAUUCUUCACAGUAUCACAGAGGUGAACGAGAACUCAUCUGUCCACGGUCUCAUCGUGCAACUGCCCUUAGACUCGAUCCACAAGAUAGACACUGAGAAGGUCACCAACGCUGUGGCCCCAGAGAAGGAUGUAGAUGGACUGACCAGCAUAAAUGCAGGGAAGCUGUCUCGUGGGGACUUGGGCGACUGCUUCAUCCCCUGUACACCAAAUGGCUGCAUGGAGUUGAUCAGACAGACUGGUGUGUCUGUGGCAGGGAAGAGAGCGGUAGUGAUUGGUCGCAGUAAGAUUGUCGGAGCACCGAUGCACGACCUGCUGCUGUGGAACCACGCCACCGUCACUACCUGCCACUCUAAAACCACUGAUCUCCCUGGAGAGGUGGGCAAAGCAGAUAUCCUGGUUGUCGGCAUUGGGAAAGCAGAGAUGGUGAAAGGAGAGUGGAUCAAGAAGGGAGCGGUGGUCAUCGACUGUGGCAUCAACCACGUGCCAGAUGAGACUAAACCAAGUGGGAAGCGGGUAGUGGGUGAUGUCCACUACGCCUCAGCCAAGGAGCAGGCCGGUUUCAUCACCCCUGUGCCAGGCGGUGUGGGACCCAUGACUGUGGCCAUGCUGAUGGCGAACACAGUGUUAAGUGCAAAGCGUUUCCUGGAGAGCCAUCAACCCGGGAAGUGGAACAUUUCUUACACCAAACUCAACCUCCAGACGCCCGUGCCAAGUGACAUCGUGAUUUCUCGCUCCUGUGUGCCCAAGCCCAUCGACCGUCUAGCAAGAGAGGUGGGCCUGCUCUCUGAUGAGGUAGAGCUCUAUGGCAAGACUAAGGCCAAGGUCCAGCUGAAUAUCAUCAAACGCCUGCAGGCCCAGCCAGACGGCAAAUACGUGGUGGUCACUGGCAUUACACCCACUCCUCUGGGUGAAGGAAAGAGCACCACCACCAUUGGCCUGGUGCAGGCCCUGGGAGCCCACAUGAAGCUCAACGUGUUUGCUUGUGUCCGACAGCCUUCUCAGGGACCCACCUUUGGCAUUAAAGGUGGUGCUGCAGGAGGUGGAUACUCUCAAGUCAUUCCUAUGGAAGAGUUCAACCUCCAUCUCACCGGUGACAUUCACGCCAUCACGGCUGCGAACAACUUGGUGGCUGCUGCCAUCGAUGCUCGCAUGUUCCAUGAGUCUACACAGUCUGACAAGGCUCUGUACAACCGCUUAGUCCCACUCAGUGGCGGACAGAGGAAGUUCUCCCCCAUCCAGAUCAACAGACUGAAAAAACUGGGAAUAGAAAAGACUGAUCCCUCCACACUGACUGAGGAUGAGAUCACCCGCUUUGCCCGUCUUGACAUCGACCCGAGCACUAUCACCUGGCAGAGAGUGUUGGAUACCAAUGAUCGAUUCCUGAGGAAGAUCACGAUAGGCCAGUCGCCAACUGAAAAGGGAUACACGAGAGAGGCCCAAUUCGACAUUACGGUGGCCAGUGAAAUUAUGGCGGUGCUCGCCCUCACCAGCAGCCUAGAGGACAUGCGUCAGCGUCUGGCCAAGAUGGUUGUUGCCACCAGCCGUAGCGGACAGCCCAUCACCACUGAGGACCUGGGUGUGAGUGGUGCUCUGACUGUGCUAAUGAAAGAUGCCAUCAAGCCAAACCUAAUGCAGACCUUGGAGGGAAACCCCGUGUUUGUACAUGCCGGCCCAUUUGCCAACAUCGCCCAUGGCAACUCCUCCAUCCUGGCUGAUAAAAUAGCUUUGAAGCUUGUUGGACCUGAGGGCUUUGUAGUGACAGAGGCGGGCUUUGGUGCUGACAUUGGCAUGGAGAAGUUCUUCAACAUCAAGUGCCGCUACUCUGGCCUGAGACCCCAUGUGGUUGUGCUGGUGGCCACUGUCCGAGCGCUGAAAAUGCACGGAGGAGGACCAACAGUCACUGCUGGGAUGCCACUGCCUAAGGAAUACAUUGAGGAGAACCUUGAGCUGCUGGAGAACGGCUGCAGCAACAUGAGGAAGCAGAUAGAGAAUGCACAGCACUUCGGCGUGCCAGUGGUGGUGGCUGUCAAUGCUUUCAAGACCGACACUGAGGCUGAGCUGGACUUGAUCUGCAGCAUAGCCAAAGCUGCUGGAGCCUUCGACGCCGUGCGCUGCUCCCACUGGGCCGAAGGUGGAGCCGGCGCAGUGGCCCUGGGUCAUGCUGUCCAGAGGGCUUCUGGGGCUCCCAGCAACUUCAAAUUCCUCUAUGAUUUGGAGCUCCCUAUUGCUGAUAAGAUUCGAAUAAUUGCCCAGAAGAUCUACGGAGCGGACGAUAUUGAGCUUCUCCCAGAGGCUCAACACAAGGUGGAGCUCUACACCAAACAGGGUUUCAACAACCUGCCAAUCUGCAUGGCGAAGACUCACCUGUCGCUCUCUCACGAGGCAGACAAGAAGGGUGUGCCCACAGGUUUUGUCCUGCCAAUCAGAGACAUCCGAGCCAGUGUUGGCUCUGGCUUUUUGUUCCCACUGGUUGGCACGAUGCCCACGAUCCCCGGUCUUCCCACCAGGCCUUGUUUCUAUGACAUAGACCUGGACCCUGAGACAGAACAGGUCAACGGGCUCUUCUAAAGCAGGGCGCUGCACUCUGUGAUGAUAUGGCCCAUCCCCCACUGAGCCUUAAUGACGUGAUGGAGAAAUAACUGGAAGCGCCCUGAGCUUGUCUGCUGGUGCUGUUUUUGUUUAUUAUUUUCCACUCAGACACUGACAUCUGUAAAUAAUUGAUUUGCUUUGCCCAAGAAGGUGACUGAUGGGUAAAUCAAGAAACUUAAUUAUUCACAGAACAGUUUGACCAUCUGAGAACGCCCGUCUGUGAUGGACCUUUUGUAAGAGGGAAAUGUCCGAUUGACAAUUCUUUCAGUUACAUUUCUCGCUAAGACCUGCUUGUAUUUUUCAAUGAAAAUAAUAAUCUGGAGUCUUGUAUUAACUUUGUGUGCACUACAUUUGGCCUCUGUCUUUAACAAUCCACUGAAUUUUGUGUUCCUUUGAGGUUAAACUGGACUGAACAUAAAAUAAUGCUGCCUUAUAAAAUGUUUUAUAAUUUUUUUUAUUUUUGAGCAGUCAGAUUUCCGGUUUUGCCUGUCCUGUAUUGUAACUGAAUAUUUCUAAAACUGUCCAACAUUGCUGUCACCACUGCUGAACCAUCACGACAUGAAUACAUCAAAUUGUAAAUCCACUUUUGUGUCAGAAAAUAUCAAAUAAAGUGUCCUUGAUGGAAAGCCACA